AUGGAUUCGGCUUCUCUCCUCCUCCUCCUCCUCCUCCUCCCGUCGCCGUGGGGCUGCAGCGGGCGCCCUGCUGACAGGCUGGCAGUGAUGCCGCAGCAGCCGGUGGUGCCCUACGGGGGCUCGGCACAGCUGAAUUGCUCCCUGGCCUGUGCCGGGGGCACGGUGCAGUGGAAGGGGCUGGACACCAGCCUGGGCAGCAUCACCUCCUUCCCCACCCACAGCAUCCUGCACAUCAGCAACGCCAGGGUGGCCACAGAGGGCACCAAGAUCUGCCAGGGGACGUGCCAAGGGCAGUUCUACCAGCGUACUGUGCACCUGAAGGUCUAUGCGCUCCCGGACGUGCUGCAGCUGGUGCCAGAGCCAAGCGCCCUGCAGCCAGGGCAGCCGGGCAGCCUGCGCUGCUCGGCCCAGGGGAUCUACCCAGUGGUGGGGCUGGGGCUCACCUGGUACCAGGGGGACCAGGUGCUGGAGGAAGCUGACCUGGAUCCCAUGGAGACUGAUGAGAUGCUGUUCGACGUCGACUCCACGCUGUCAGUGCCGGGGGAGAAGGUGGAGGAAGGGGCAGAGUUCAGGUGUGAGGUGAAGCUGAGCAUUGGGCAGGAGACCUUCACCCGGGUGGCAUCUGUGGCCGUGAGCACUGCGGAUGUGAUGGAGCACCCAGCGGCCAUGGCCGUCUCCCCUGAGACCCCCGGGACAGUGCCAGCUACGACAGAGAGCCCCAGCACAGCACAGCCCGUGACCACCACAGCGCUGCCCCCAGAGCCAACCACGAUCUCCACGCACGAUCUCACCACAGCCCUCACCGCCACACGGGAGCCCAGCACCGAGACCAAACCCCACUCCACAGAGCACCCUGCUCCCCAGGACCUCAGCACAGGCAGCCCCACGGCACAUUUGGCCACCGCCACCACAAGCCCUGGCUCCAGCACGGCGACUGCCCCAGCGGAGGCACCGGGGACAGCGGUGGAGAGCACCGGCUGGGGCACGCCGCCGGCGGAGGAGGGGACAGGGACAUCGGAGGGGACAGCGCCUGCCUGCAGCCUGCAGAUCUGGUCGCUGCCUCCCAACGGCACAAAAGGCAGGGCCCUGCGCAUCGAGUGCCACGCCCGGUGUGCCGGGAACGUCACCGUCGGCUGGCUGCAGACCCCCGUGGCCCUCUCGCAGUACCGGCAGGAGGUGGUGGGCGGCAGCUCCACGCUGCGCCUGGACCGCGCCGAGCCCCAGCACCAGGGCUCCUACCGGUGUGUCCUGCUUGGCCACCGCUCCCAGGUGGUCAGUCUGCAGCUGAUGGUCUUGGAUGAUUCAUUCAGCACAGUCCCUGCCAUUGCCACGGGGACAACGAUCUCACUGUUGGGUCUGGUCGUGACCAGUGCCGUGUCUCACCACCUGUGGAAACGAGUCAGGUCUCGCUACGAGCUGCACUAG